AUGCAGGCCCUGCUCGCCGACGGCAGGCUGACCCCCGGCGUCCGGGUGCCGAGCGAGCGCGACCUCGCCGCCGCGCUCGGUGUCGGUCGCGGCACGGUGGCCGCGGCCUACGAGCGGAUGCGCGCGUCGGGCCACCUCGUGCGCCGCCGGGGCUCGGGCACCUGGACCGCGACGCCGACCGAGGCCCCGCCGCUGCCGUUCACCCCCGCCCCCAGUCCGGCCGGGACGAUCGACCUCGCGCACGCGGCCCCCACCGCUCCCGCCGAGGCGGUGACCGAGGCCGGUCACGCCGCCCUCGCGGCGCUCCCGGCCCACCUCUGCUCAGCCGGGUACGACGUGGUCGGCCUGUCGGCCCUGCGCGAGGCCGUCGCCGACCGCCUCGCCGACGAGGGCUUGCCGACCCACCCCGACGAGGUGCUCAUCACCUCCGGCAGCCAGCACGCCCACUCGCUCGUGGCGCGCGCCCUGGUCCGUCCCGGCGACCGCGUCGUGCUCGACCAACCGACCUAUCCGAACGCGAUCGGCCUGGUGCACGACAGCUCGGCGCGCCCCGUACCGGUGUCGCUCGAGCGCAGCGACGACGGCACGCUCGACUGGGACGUCCGAGCCCUCGCGGCGGCGCUGCGCGAGUCGACGCCGGCGACGGCGUACCUCGUCGCCGACCAGCACAACCCGACCGGGGCGGUCAUGGGCGCGGCCACGCGCGAGGGCGUCGUCGACGCCUUCCGCCGGCACGGCGUCCCGAUCGUCGUCGACGACAGCCUGCGCGACACCUGGAUCGACGCCCCGCCGCCGCCGUGCCUCGGCUCGUUCGCCGGCCCACGCAGCGAGAGCACCGUGAUCACCAUCGGGUCGCUCUCCAAGACGGUCUGGGCCGGGCUGCGGAUCGGCUGGCUGCGCGCCCCGCGGGCGCUGGUGCGCCGGAUCGCCACGACGCGCGCCUCCGACGACGUGGCGCCGCCGGUGCUCGGCCAGCUGAUGGCGCUGGCGCUGCUGGAACGGCACGACGAGCUCGCGGCGACGAACCGGGCCCGGCUGCGCGCGGGCCGCGACCACCUGCUCCGCGCCCUGCCCGCCGCGCUCCCCGACUGGUCGGUGCGCCGUCCGGGGGGCGGGAUGGCGCUCUGGGCCGACCUCGGCGCGCCCCGCUCGAGUGCGCUGGCCGAGGCGGCGCCCCGGCACGGCCUCGUGCUCGCGUCGGGCCCGCGCUUCGGGGUCGGCGGCGCGUUCGAGAGCCGGCUGCGGGUGCCGUACACCCUGCCGCUCGACGUCCUCGACGAUGCCGUCGUGCGGCUCGCCGCCACGUGGGACGACCUCGACCGGGCGCCGAGCGUGCUCACCACCGUGGUGUGA